CGAGUUACAGAUACGAAUUCGAUAUAAAAAGGGAGUGAAAAUUGUUGUCCUCACUUCCAGUUUCAGUUUUGGUCUAGUCUGGAGUUAAUUAGCAAUCAUGCUAUCGUUCAUUAUCUUGGUGGUCGGCGUUCUUGCGCAACAGACGUUCGCUGACGAACCCGAUGCGAUCGUCGGUGGUCAGCGCGCCAGCCCAGGUCAAUUCCCGUAUCAAUGUUCUUUGAUACAAUGGCCACACGUUUGUGGUUGUUCCAUCAUCGGCGCGGACAAGAUCUUAACUGCCUGUCAUUGCGUCAAAGGUAUCGCCUCUCCUCCCUACAACAACUACAAAGUCGCUACUGGAACCACCUCCAUCUCUGGAGGACAGAUCCACAAUGUGCGAAGUGCUACAUGUCAUCCAAAUUACAGGGAGGGCGUACAAUAUGCUUGGGCAAAUGACGUCGCGGUGAUCAGGCUCCAGCAACCGAUGACAUUCAAUAAUUUUCAAUCUCCGAUCAAACUGGCCCAAUCUCAGCCGGCUCCUGGAACUCGCUGCACCCUAUCCGGAUGGGGCUUGACCAAAACGAACGGACGGUCUUCGCCCAAUCUUCUCUUCAUGAACCAGAAUGCGCUCGCGCUAAGCGAAUGCCAGAGUUACCACCGAGGUAUGCCUCUGGGUGCGAGCCACUUGUGCAUGCUGGAUAGGCGCGGAGUUGGCGCUUGUCAAGGUGAUAGCGGUGGCCCGCUUGUCUGUAACGGUGUACAGAGCGGCAUUACCUCAUGGGUUGCUCCUUGCGCCCAAGGUGUACCCGAUGCCUACUGCAAUGUCGCCAAUACUCUAGACUUCAUCAAUUCACAAUAACUGGGAUAGGAUAUAAAAGGAUAUCUAUGAUGAUCUAUGAGACAAUAAAAUCUAUUUGAUGUAAUCAUGUCAACUGAUGCUAACUGAUGACGCGCCGAGAGAAUUCAUUAUCGCAAUUUACACGCGACGUUUCGGCUGCGUUCUUACCGUAAUGCUAAUUAUGUAAUUGUAACAUAUUAAUAAAUACGCUUUAUCAUUAAAUCCAUUAA